UGAAAUCUCAAAUCUAUUUCAGUCCCGCCCAAAAAAGUCAAUAUACGUGAAACACUGCUUGUAGAAUCAUUGUUCUGUCUAGACGGCAAAUUCCUAUAGCUUCAACUUACAUUUUUUCGUUUUUACCGUAAGGCUUAGCCUAUAGAACUUUGUAAUUGUGGUUUAGGCUACCGCACUGUGAUAUUAUAAUUAUAUUAUUAUUAUUAGGGAAACUUUUUUUUUCAGAUGGAAUUAAUUAAAUCCAUGGAAAGACUGGAGCAGAGCAAGACAACAGACAUUCGCAAAACAACAGACCUUCCAUCAGCAGUUAGACAUCCUUUUGGAACACGGGGAUGCACAUAUUCGAGAAAGAAACUGAUAUUAAUUUUUCUGUGUGUCCUAAGUUUUUUCUUUAUGUAUUUUUCCAAUGUAUGCAAAUGGACAUCAAUAUGGGAGCAAUCUGAGAUCCCUCACAAAGACAUGACUGUAGAUGAAGUAACAUUCUCAACCUCAACCUCCUUCACCUCUUUCAACGACUCUUCCAGUGCUCAGAACAGUGUGGUCAGGCUAGAGCAGCCAAGGGCACAGUACUGUGUGGGGGACACAUUGAAUGUGCUCGUGGAGAUUAGUGACUAUGAAGGUAACCUAAAAGCCUAUGGCGGAGACUUCAUACUGGCCCGGAUCCAUUCUCCAAACCUCAAGGCAUGUGCAUCAGGAAACGUCACUGACCUCCUCAACGGCUCCUAUCGUGUGCAUUUCCACUUGUUUUGGCCUGGAGAGGUGCACGUCUCUGUGCUUCUGAUCCACUCCUCUGAGGCAGUUAAGGUCCUCCAGAAAGACUGGAUUAAGAAUUACAGUAAGAUCACACACAUGGGAACCUUUGUCAUUGGAAGAAAGAAGGAGACGUCUGAGUGUGCCCUCCGGCUAAGCUCAGACACACCCCUGUGUGAAUACAGGAAGAAGCAGGAUGGAGAAUAUUAUGCCUGCUACAAGCCCCAUACCCUUCCCUGCAACUCUCUGACCACCAUGAGGUCUUACGCCUACCAUGGUCCUAAUUUCACAAAGGAGGAAGUUCACCUAUUAGCCCAGGAAAAUACUGGAAUAGCAAUACCAAACAGCUUCAACCCUGUGACAGUGGUUGGUUGUACUGGUACAGUGCACAGACCUACUGAAAAGUGUGUGGUAGGAAUGAACCCCCCUUUUCCUGGGGGAUAUUUCUAUUCAGAUAGGUGGUCUUCUUCCUCCUGUCAGGCAGGCCCCUUCCUCAAUGCAGGUGCCAUUACCAGAUGUUUAAAGGAAAAGACUCUCUAUCUAUUGGGUGACUCCACUGCACGCCAGUGGAUAGAGUAUUUGAAUAGAAAGCUGAAAGGUCUGAGAAUGAAAGGGAGUCGUCUGCUGUCAUAUUUAGCUGUUGAUGCCCGUAAUAAGAUUACUGUCCGAUGGAUAAAGCAUGCUCAUCCCUGGCUUAGCACUUUACCAUCCAGCAUAAAGAAAUCAGUCACCAUUCCUGAAGUACUGGACAGUAUAACACUUGGUCGUGGGCAGAAGGAUGUGAUCGUGGUCAUUGGAAUCGGCCAGCAUUUCCGGCCCUACCCCCCAGAAGUCUUUAUCCGAAGGCUACAAAGCAUCCGCCGGGCGAUUCUGCGGUUACACGCCCGCAUCCCCCAGGCCGUUGUUGUUAUAAAGCUGGAGAACACCAUUAAACUGAGGCCAACGAUGAUAGGUAACAGUAACUGGUAUGGCUACAUGCAGAACCUGGCUCAGAGGAAAGUGUUUGAGUGCCUGAAAGUGGCUCUGGUAGAUGCCUGGGACAUGACUGUGGCUGCCAACACUUUAGACGUCCACCCUAAUCCAGUCAUUGUUUCUAAUCAGGUGGCUCUGGCCCUGUCGUACUCCUGUCAUUAGGCAUGGGUACUGUCUGAAAGGUUACUCUGUAAUUGUGCAUAUUUGUGCUUUUUUUUUCUUUGUAAACUGCAUUUGGAGAUAUCUUGAUGGGAUACGUAUAAAGCCCCUGUGAUCUGCCGGCUCAAAAUGAAUGCAGGUGCAAAAACUCAAAUUUAUUGAGCCACACAAUGAGUUUAUUGACCUCUGCCUGUGUGCCAUGAGAGGCAUUAUUAUUUCAGGAUAAAAACAGGUUUUCUAGUGGAUUAUUGGCCGGCACAAACUGAAACAUGCACCCACUAACAUCAUUUCUGUAGUGAAGCAUGGUGGUAGCAGUAGCAUGCUAUUUGGAUGCUUCUCUUUGGAAAGGGAAUUCUUCUCUACAAACAGUUGUCUGCACCCCACAACCCCUGGCCAACCCACUGAUGCCCACCCAACCAACCAACCCCUGCAUGCUUAUCUGUUGAGACUGCACCAUGGCUCCCCUGACCCCAUAUAGAUUACCUUCAUUUCUCUUUCUUUUGUUGGAUUUCAUUUUUGAUUAUGCUAUAGUUAUAGUGGUAUAAUGACAGGUUACCUGUCUAGUGGUACUUUCUCUACUAACAAUAGAAAUAGUUGUUUGUUAGUUUGUCUGUACCUUCUUUGUGAAAUUGCAUUUUGUAGUCCUUAGAGUAACACUGAUAUUCUCCACUAUAGAUUACUCUGGUAAGGGAAAUCUACCAAGUGUUUGUAUUGUAAUAUAAUGCAAAAAGGGACAGUGAAAUCGAAGGAAAAAUGGACAGUGCAGUAUAUAUAGACAAAUACUUGCAGAAAAUAGAUUUAAUAAAUCACCUUUCAGCAGAAUAAUAAUACAAAGUACUGAGUUAAAAAUGAUAAAGAGGUCACUAUUCUUUAGAGACCCAGACAAAGUCCUGACCUCAGUCUCACCAAAAUCGGUUGAAUAACUUAAAAAUUUCAGCCCAGAAGUAAUGUCCAUGAAACAUGAAAGAGAUGGAGCUGAUCUACCAAAGGCAAUAAAUGAAAAUAAUUCCCAAUUCCAACAAAUGUGGAAAGUUGGCAGUACUUUGCAGAGACUUAAAGUUGUUAUUCUGGUAAAAGGUGCUUCCAUGAAAUAUUCAUGUGAGGUGUCUGAAUACUUAUCCAAGCAUAUUAUAAUAAAACAUUUCAGUUUUAUUUUUCCUUUAAAUUACUCGCUGGUUUAUUACAAAUUUACCCUUUUAAAAUGUUGCUUUUUUGGUGUGUGAGCUUUUAAUAAAAAUAUAAAAUGGAAAA